AUGGAGCCUCACCACGGCUCGCCAGCGCUCAGCAGUCAACGUUGCUUCCAGCACGCUGGCCCGAGCCCCAGCAUCGCGAGUCUCGACUGCAACGUCGCCACCACGCCGCCAGCCCAACCUGGCCCGUCCGAAUCAAGAUCCGCCACCGAGCCUCCCACGUCCCUCGUCGCGGAUCCACGCCGCCAUUCCGUUCCGGAGUCCGAACCCGUCGUUGCCGAUCAGGUGUGUCCAUCGUCAUCAUCGGACCAUGUACGUCUUGGUAUUCCGCCAACAAGAGCUUAUUGUGUCGCGAAUGCCGAGGCGGCGACGGCGACUGUGCUGGCCAGGGAAAAUCCACCUCGACCAUCACCAUGGCUCGCAAGGUCAAAGGGCACGAUUCAGCAGCCGCCAAAACAGCCUUGCACUCACGCCCUUGCUUCGACGGGAAAUAACCCCAGCAACCCAGACAACUGGAACUGGAAUCCAUCCGAGAUCCAUGCCGCCAAGGGACAGCUUUGA